AUGGCUGCGCAACCCACACCCAGCAAGAACAGCCCCAACCGGGACCAGGCUAACCCACUCCAUCCACCCCCAGCUUCGAAUCCAGGGACGGCGAAUAGCGGCAGUAACAGUACGAGCACUACUCCCGCCCCUCCCCAAUUCAACUUGGCAGAAUGUUCAAAGUAUCUCUCUUCUCGCAACACGGCAGCAAUGGAAGCCUUGUCUUCGCAAGAAGUCCCUGCAAAUGGUACUGCCAAUCUCACCGCUUCGAAAAAAAAGAAACACUAA